UAGCAUUGGCCCUAACACACAAGAGAUAGGACGCAGAGCAUAAAAUGGAGACAACAGCAGGUUUUAAAACCCUAGGUUUUAUGACGACGCCAUGUUACAUCCACUGUUCAGGAAUAGCUCCAUUUCGUCGUUGCCCAUCUUUCUUGCUUAAAUUCAAAAAUAAAUUCAACUCCCCGCUCUCUCAUUACUCCUCUCGCUCGUCUCCCCUUUGUUCACUGUCUGAAAAUUCGACUGGGGAUUCAUUGGUUAGUGGGAUUGGUGUGGCGGGAAGCAAGGUGUCCGAGGGUAAACUUCUUCAAGUUGUUUUGGUUUCUCCACAGAUUCCUGGAAACACUGGGUGCAUUGCUAGAAGCUGUGCAGCUUCAGGUGUUGGGCUACACCUGGUUGAGCCACUGGGAUUUGAGGUGGAUGAUACAAAGCUAAAGCGGGCUGGACUUGAUUACUGGCCAUAUGUAGUUGUUAAAGUGCACAGCUCAUGGGCAGAUUUUCGAGACUAUUUCAAGCAACAGAAAGGUGAAAAAAGGUUGCUGGCAUUUACUAAAAGAGGGACAAACAUUCAUUCUGAUUUCUCGUAUCGGAGAGGGGACUGGCUCGUAUUUGGGUCAGAAACCACGGGCCUACCACCGGAAGCUUUGGUUGACUGCAAAAGUGAAGCACUUGGUGGCGGUUUGAUUAAAAUUCCAAUGAUUGAAACUUAUGUAAGAUGUCUUAAUCUAUCUGUUAGUGUCGGCAUUGGUUUGUAUGAAGCUUCACGACAAUUAAACUAUGAGCAGCUUCAACCCCAUUCCCAUAACCAACCGUGUCAUGAUACUCGCGUACCUUUUACCGAAGAUGUUUUUGCAUAAAUUCAUGAAAUUAAACAGACGACUGUUGAUUCUUCUUCUA